CACCAACAACCAAACACACAAUCAUGGCAUUCACAGCACUCAACAACCAGCCUCCAGUACAGCCGCCACCGGUGCAGGCGCCGGUGCCGAAACCUGCUCCAGCGCCCGUAGUGCCCAUUCCACAUCCACAUGAGGUUUACGCUGCGUUUGCUAGCAAUCAUGAGUUGCGAAAGCGUGUGCACGCCGCCAUAGAUCAGAACCCGUCGCAGAGCACGCUCUUUCGCGACAUCUCGGUGUACAUCCUCGGUCAAAGCUCACAACCGCCCGCCGAACCUACAACAAAGAAGCGCAAGUUGGGAGAGAGUAAUGGUGCGCAGAAUGGCACAGCGGCGCCGUCUGUACCCACAUCCGGCGCAGGCGAUACCCUUACGAGCACCUCGACAAAAGCCUUCAAGUCAUACACUGGCGUCAGCUUCUCGAUCCCUCAGCGAAAGAAGUUCACACUCGAGCUCGUCGAUAAUAAGGAUGGCGGGAUAAGGGCGAUUGGCGCGACGGGCAAUGUCGAGUUUGCGCUGGCUUGGAAGGACGUGGACCAGGUCUUCUGUCUCCCGGUGCCAGAGAAAGCCAAGAAGCAGCACAAUUUCAUCGUCAUACCAGUGCAUGGCGACGGCGUGAAUCCAGUACCGGAAGAGUUGAAACCAUCAGCGCCCGAGCCGAUCUUAUGGACGUUCGAGGAGGCGACAGGCAAGAACGUUGUUGAGGGCGAGGACCCAGGGCCAGGGCCUAUGGCGGGGGCGAUACACCAUUGCCUGAUACAGGCAGGCACUGGGAAAGAGGUCAUUUUCCCGGACGCAGACGAGUUUGCUAGUGCGAUUCCUGAAAGCCACCGCAAGGGCGAGAAGGCAUACCACGUCAAGGCACACAGAGGAAGCAAAGAAGGCUAUCUGUUCUUCACCGCCGUCGGCAUUCUCUACGGCUUCAAGAAGCCUCUGGCCUUCUUUGAUUUUGCCGCUGUAAAUAGCAUAUCCUACACCGCCGUUCUGCGCAACACGUUCAACCUCGUCAUCACCACGCAAACACAAGAGAUCGAGUUCAGCAUGCUGGAUCAAGAGAACUUUGCGGGCAUAAACGAGUACGUGCAGAAGCAUGGGCUGCAAGAUGCUAGUAUGGCAGCAGAGAGACGCGCAAAGAAGCUCAACGUCAACCCGCCCGCUGACAAGGGCAAAGAGAACGGAGCGGCGGCAGCAGGUGCACAGGGCGAGGAGGAAGAAGAAGAAUCAGAACUGCAGAAAGCAGAGCGAGAACUGCAAGAUCAAGAAGAUGACGAAGAAGAGGAUGAUGACUUCGACCCUGGUAGCGAAGGGGAGAGCGAGGGUGAGGGGUCAGACUCGGAAGACGAAGAGGGUGGAGGUGGAUACGAUGAGGGUGACACUGCGGAAGUCGAAGGUGAGGACGAAGAGAUGGAGGAUUGAGAGACAAGUUGACCUGUGUUUUGUACAAAGGAACUUCCUCACUGGUCUCACGGCUGCAGAACGUGUAGAACCUCAUGAUACCCCAUAUCGUUAGCGUACAUGCCGCAAUCGCAAGCAUGAAAUGCUACGAUGAUUCGCAGGGUCUUUGCCUGAAUAUGAUGCUGAGCCACCACGAAAGG